CACACACACACACACUUUUUUUUGGGUCAGUUUUACUUGCAAAGACAUGAGUGGGACAUUAUUGCGAAAGACAGGUAUCCGACGAACUUGAAUGGACUAACAUCUCAAAAUGUCAGCCGCCGUGCGCUCGAGGAACCACUCGGAGGUGAGUGGGCGGUUUGCAGGCAAGCAUGACUGCCAACAAGACUCCAAAGGCUGUGCCUCAUGCAGGAGGGGGUAAAGCUCCACAGGACCCCCCCGACAGGUGCCAGUCUGCAUCUCCUUGCCCUGCUCUGUCCGGUGACGAGGGUCCGAGCGAGCCACCUCCCCUUGGUGACGGGAAGAACUAUCAGAAACAGAGCAAGUACCUCAGGACAGACGGACGUUUUUUGGUGCGUGCUGGCUGGAACAGCAAGACCACAAGCUUUGGCAGUGGACCGCCCCUCACAAAGUCUAAGAGCAUCAGCUGCCUAGACAACCGUCUCUCCAUCUAUAAGCCUCAGGCUAAGGAAUAUCCCGAAAGUCAAGACGGCCAGGAGCAAAAAGAGAACCAAGGGGGUGCUCCGCCAUCAAAGGGACUUAAUGGUCGACCCCUGAGUUGGAGUACACUCUCACUUGGAUCUCUUACUACCCAAGGUCACAAGCGCACACUUUCUAUUAACAGGCCUGUAACGGGUGUUCUCCCCACCACAGUGCGCAAAAAGAUCUCAGAAUGGGAGUGCAGGAGAGUCUCUUUGCCUAGGAUGAGCUUGUGUCUGGAUAAAAGGCCAGGACGAGAGCGCAUUGGAGGCAGUGAGGGCUGCCCAAGUUUGCUCUCUUCUCCCUGUAGCGAGAAGGCAUUUGACUUUAAGGGGAUUCGCAGGAUGAGCACAGCGUUCUCAGAAUGCUCCUACACAGAGACGGAGGAAGAAGAAGGAGCUUCCGACAAAGACGGCUUAGGUCGCUUCCAGAAACGGAUAAGUAAGACUGAGUCAUCUGGGGCAUUUGUUCGCUCCCUGUCUGCUCGUAAGGAGACCUCGGCCGUCCUCAACAGGAUACAAAAGAUAGAACAAGCCCUGAAGGAGAAUCCUAGCCCACCCCCUCCGCGUUAUCUGAGUAAUUGCUAUGCUUCAGACAAGACAAGACAAAAAUCUUUUGUGAUUGGCGAAGACUUUGACAGCACAUGCGCCAGCAAGCGCAGUAGUAUUUGCUCGAUAACCACGGAACCAGAUUCUCUUUUGGUGCCUGAUAAGUUCGCAAAAAACAGGCAAAGGUUCAGUGUGACUUCAGUCAGGUCUGUGAGCCCGGAACCAGCAAGCAAACAGACAUCUGGUGGAUCUCCCAUCAACCCUCUACCUAAACCCAAGCGAACUUUUGAGUACGAGGCCAAACGUGAGCAGAAGGGCACAUUGCCAGUGAAUGGACUACCUCCAGACUGUGAGACUCCCCCGCCCCUGCCCUCGACCCCUGCACCCAGCACCACACGGCCAGGGAAGUUGGUGGGCAGUAACUCCAGCCCAUCACAAGACAGAGAACCCUGUGAAUCGGCGGAUGCUAUGACGACAAGCCCGCUGUCGUCACACCCCUCUUCACCCGCAGAGAAUGGCACGUUAACCACAGAGAGGCAGAGUCAACCCAGUUCCAAAAGCACUUUAGAGGAGAAUGCGUAUGAGGACAUAAUAGAGAAGGAGAACCCAUACGAGGAUGUUGACCUGAAGCGGAGGAGUGUGAGUCGGAAAACUUGUCAUUUGGAGAGCAGCAGAUCUUGGACUGCUAUGGACCGGAUGCAAAACUCUCCACCUCAGUUGCCAUCCAAACCCAGCAGUCAGUCCCUUCGCCUCCUGAGCACCAUCGACCGGAAGAGUCACCGGGUAUCACAGUUGUCCAAACGCCACAGUCAUGAUGAAACAUUGCUCCUCCCGCAGAUGGGUGUAUCAGCUUCCUCUUGUGGCCUGCUGGAUGAUAGCCUUUGUGGCACCAGCGAUAACCUGGCCUCACACAGGCAUUGGCGGAUUCCCAAGUUGGUCCAGAGAAUCAACUCCAUCUAUUGCAGUAAACGUGGGAAGAAGAGACUUAAAAAGCUGUCCAUGACCAAUCUUGACACCUCAUCUUUGAGAGAUGACAACAGCGAGAGUGAGAGCGACUCUGAUGACAGGUUCAAAGCUCACACCCAGAGGUUGUUGAAAUUACAGUCCAUCCUUCGACGGGCCCCCAGCUACCGCACGCUGGAGUUGCAACUAAUCGAGUGGCAGGAGAGAGAACUCUUCGAGUAUUUUGUUGUUGUGUCUUUGAAAAAGAAGCAGAGCAAGAACUCCUACUCCCCGGAGGUCACUUACCAGUUCCCCAAGCUCGAGAGGCUCACCAAGCAGAUGAGAGAAGCAGAACAGAGGCUCAAAGCUAUUCCUCAGUUCUGUUUCCCGGAUGCAAAAGACUGGAAUCCCGUGACGGAGUAUUCCAGUGAGACCUUCUCCUUCAUGUUGACCGGAGAAGACGGCAGCAGGAGAUUUGGCUACUGCAGACGCCUGCUGCCGAGUGGAAAAGGACCACGCCUUCCAGAAGUGUACUGUGUCAUCAGCAGGCUCGGAUGUUUUGACUUGUUCUCCACAAUCUUAGAUGAGGUCGAGCGGCGGCGAGGCGUAUCAGCAGCGCUGGUGUAUCCCUUCAUGAGGAGCCUGAUGGAGUCGCCCUUUCCUGCACCCGGAAAGCUCAUCAAAGUCAAGACCUUUCUUCCUGGUGCAGGAAAUGAGGUCAUCGAACUGAGGCGGCCUACCGACUCUAGACUGGAGCACGUGGACUUUGACAGCCUGUUUGGUUGCCUCGGUGUUCGCCAGGUUAUUCGGGUCUUUGCGUCACUGCUGCUGGAGCGCAGGGUCAUCUUUGUGGCUGAUAAACUCAGUACGCUGUCCAGCUGCAUGCACGCCGUAGUCGCGCUGCUCUACCCCUUCUCCUGGCAACACACCUUCAUUCCUGUUCUUCCCGGGUCCAUGUUGGACAUUGUCUGCUGUCCCACUCCCUUCCUGGUGGGGCUUCUUUCCAGCUCCUUGCCGAAGCUCAAAGAAUUGCCUGUAGAGGAAACAUUGAUGGUGGACCUCGGAACUGACCGUUUCAUCAGACAGAUGGAUGACGAGGCCUCACUGUUGCCGCGGAAACUUCAAGCAGCUCUCGAACAAGCGCUGGAGCAGAGGAACGACAUCAUCAGUCAGGACUCAGACAGCGAGUCGGACGAAGAGUACAACUCUUUAAACAGUUUGGUGUCAGAGGCUUUCAUUCGCUUCUUCCUGGAGACCAUCGGCCACUACUCUCUAUUCAUCACCCAGAACGAACGCGGCGAGCGCCUUUUCCAGAGAGAAGCCUUCCGCAAAUCGGUGGCCUCCAAGAGUAUCCGCCGCUUCCUGGGUGUCUUUAUGGAGUCGCAGAUGUUCGCAGGCUUCAUUCAAGAUCGAGAGUUGAGGAAGACACGUGCCAAAGGUCUGUUUGAGCAGAGGGUGGAUCAGUACCUGGAGGAGCUGCCGGACACGGAGCAGAGUGGUGUUAACAAGUUCCUCAAAGGCCUCGGAAACAAAAUGAAGUUUCUCCACAAGAAAAACUGAGAUGGCCGCGUGCCGAUUUCAAGCCUUUCUUCCUGCAUCUUUGCAUCGUGAUCCGCGUUAUUGUGUGUAAACUUGUACAGUACAGAUGUCACAGUGAGCUGGCCAUGAACUAUAGCCAUGGCAGGAUUGUACACAGAAGUCGGGCUACUCGGAAACCACUGGUGUUUUUGUAAAGAGUGUAUGUGACACGACAGUGGCAUAAAAUGUACAGUUUGUAUGCUUCCAAUGCUGCAUCAGUUCAAGACAGAAGCAUCAGAAUCAAAAUGCAUCAAGACGGUGAACUGUAAACACAUUUUGCAAUCUUUCAAUAAAAAAAAAAAAUUAAAUGAUGAAAACAA